AUCUUGCUCCUGGAUUUGCCUGCCAUCAGCUAUUUUCCCAUCUGAAGGAUGUUUGAAAGAGGAUCCAGCACACAAGCAGGGUCAGUCAGUCUGUGAUUUCACUGGGGAAGGUUAGGAUUUAGGAUUAGGACAGCACUGAAGUGGAUUUAGCUGGAGACAUGAAUCUUCUGAUUCCUCACUUUUCCUGCAGCCUGCUUUUCCUAGCUCAAACAACGCUUUCUCUCUAUGGGUCUGCUCCUCUUUUGUGGUCAUCGCAAAGUGACUGUGUCAAUGCCAGUGAGCAGUGCAACUCAGACUCAUCGUGCAGCUCACGGUACCGCACACUGCGCCAGUGCCUGGCAGGCAGAGACCGAGACACUCUGCUGUCCAGCCUGGAGUGCAGGAACGCCCAGGAGGUGGUACGUGACAGCGCUCUCCACCUGUGUCGCUGCCACCAUGGCAUGAAGAAGGAACUGCAGUGUCUCCAGGUGUAUUGGGGCAUUCGUGCUGGCCUGGCAGAGGGUGACGAGUUUUAUGAAGCAUCACCGUAUGAGCCAGUAAACCUGCGCCUAUCUGAUAUCGUCCGUCUGGCUUCAAACAACUCCGGCACAGAGCCAAACUCUUCCAAAAAGAAUGCCUGCCUGGAUGCCGCCAAGUUCUGCAAUGUGAACGACGUAUGCAAGAAAUUCCGCUCAAGCUAUAUCUCAACCUGCCUUUCUGGAGAUAGGACAUGCGCUCGACGCAAGUGCCUCAAAGCCCUGCGUACCUUUAUCGAACGCGUCCCCAUGAACCUUUCUUACCCCCUUCUAUUCUGCCCCUGUCGAGAUAAGCCCUGUGCAGAGCGUCGCCGGCAGACUGCGGUGCCGGACUGCUCGUUUGUACGUCCGGAGAUGCCUAACUGUUUGGAGAUGUGGGCAAGCUGCCGACAGGACCCGGUGUGCAGAUCCAGACUGGCAGAUUUUGUUACCAGCUGUCAAAGCUCACCUCAGUCUGUGAGUGGUUGUGUUCAGGAGAAUUACCCUGCCUGCCUGGGGGCAUACGCAGGACUGAUUGGUUUUGAUGUGGCCUUGAACUUUCUCGACUCCGACCCGCACUCGCUGUCUGUGGCACCCUGGUGUACGUGCAACGGUAGUGGAGUCCAGGAGACUCUCUGUCAGAGAUACCUCGAGACAUUCACUGAUAACCGUUGUCUGAAAAACGCUAUUUAUGCUUUUGGGAAUGCCUCUGACAUUGUGCAUACGCAGAGUCCCCCCAGAACUCCCCGCACCACCCUCUCACCCAGAACAGACAGGAGACCCCUACUCCCCGACAAUCAAAGUGACAGCAACAGCCAGUAUGAGGCUCAUCCGAACAUAUGCACUUUUUUACAGGACAUGAAGAAUGCCAGCUUGCCGGAGUUUACAAUCUGUGUCUCAGAGUCCCAGCUAAACUAUAAUGACACGGCUCAUGUGAGGACACAGGAGGACUCUUCUGGCGUUCCUCAGCUCCAAGCUUCUCUUCUGUAUGUACUCCUAACCGUUGUUUACUCUACAAUCGCCCCCUGAAGAGUACGGGAAAUCUCUCCCCUCCUCUGAUUAAGAUGGACUGUUGCGGCUGAUAUUCCAUAGCCAAGAAUGUGCGGGAAGCAAAAUGUAACAAGUGGACCAACGGAGAGGAUCUUAAAGCGGACUGAAAAGAUGUAACAUACUAUUUACAAUCACUUAACCUUCUCCUUAAAACAAGUUAACUCUCCCAGGCGGAAGGAGUUGUGGAAAAACCAAAAGUAUAGGAAAAAGCUCUACUUGUAAAUUUGCAAAGGGACCCAAAGAGGGGAAAAAAAGGGGUCAAGGGAUGGGUAAGUUGAUGAGAAAUGUAGAAGAAUGACAAAAAAAAUUAUAAAAGGGAGAGGCAGGAAAAUGGAAUGUGGAUUAGGAAACAAACCCACACAAUUACACACUUUUUUAUGUUUGUUAAAUCUCAAUGUGAUAAUUUUUUUUGUUUGUGUUGAGUUUAGUGUAAGGGGAUCAAGAUAAAUAACAUGGGGUACAAGCACUUUAAUUUGUUUUUAUAAAUAUAUGUAUAUAUAUGUGUGUGUGUGUGAGGGUUUGUGUGUAUAUAUAAAGUGUGCAAGGCAAGUUUCUGCUAUUGAGUGCUUUAACGCUUCACAAUCUAUAAGGGUUUGCAGGGGUCGUCUGCUAAGAGAGGGUGGAAUAGAUAGCAGACUGGAAAGUGUUAAUCUCUGGAAAUAUUCGGCAGGUGGUGGAUUAAUGGCGUGAAGCUCGGCGCGUCUCUCGCUCCCUGUAUAUAAAUAUCUUUAUCUGGAAUUGUGCAUUUUUCUUCAUUUAAUGAAUUAAAAUGUAUUGACCAUAAA